CGGGAGGGGAGAGCGGAGCGCCGCGGAGCAGGCAGAGCGAGAGGAAGGGGCGGAAAGGCAGAGGCAGGAAGGGAAGGAGAGGAGCGGGGAGCGAAGGGAAGGCAGCCGAGCCGCCGGCGCUCCCCGCGGGGCCGCAGCGCUGGGGAAGCGCGGCCGCCAGCGCCGGGGCCAUGGAGCGCUGAGGGCGGGAGCCUGAGGAGAACCGCGCAGAACCGCGCAGAACCGCGCAGAACCGCUCAGAACCGCUCAGAACCGCGCAGAACCGCGCAGAACCGCGCAGAACCGCGCAGAGCCGGGGCAGAACCGCUCAGAGCCGGGGCAGAAGCGCUCAGAAGCGCUCAGAAGCGGAGCAGAAGCCGGGGGAGCCCGCCGGAGGUUGCCCCGCUGAAGAAAUUCUCUUUACCUGAAUUUUUUUAUCCUGGGCUGCACUUGCAAUUUGAUAAUGAAGAAAAGCAGAAGUGUCAUGACAGUAACUGCAGAUGAGAAUUCCCUGGAUUACCUGGAAUGUGGGCUCAGCAAAUCCUACAGCACUUCCAGCCACGCCCUGGGCAUUGACCUGUGGCGGGGCCGCCGCUGCUGCUCGGGCAACCUGCAGCUGCCCCCGCUGGCCCAGCGGCAGACAGAGAGGGCCAGGACACCCGACAGGGACACCAGGACACCCAACAGGGACCCCAGGACACCCGACAGGGACACCAGGACACCCGACAGGGACACCAGGACACCCAGCAGGGACACCAGGACACCCGACAGGGACCCCAGGACACCCAACAGGGACCCCAGGACACCCGACAGGGACACCGGGACACCCGACAGGGACACCAGGACACCCGACGACAGGGACAUCGUGUGCAGGCCCACCACCCUGCCCCUGCUGCCACCCCCCAGCAUCGCCAUCACCACCUACCACGACUGCUUCGAUGUGGAGAAUGGCCCGUCGCCGGGGCGCAGCCCGCUGGACCCGCAGGCCAGCUCCUCGGCGGGACUCGUCCUGCACACGACGUUCCCGGGCCACAGCCAGCGCCGCGAGUCCUUCCUCUACCGAUCCGACAGCGACUACGACCUCUCACCAAAGACCAUGUCCAGGAACUCCUCCCUCCCCAGCGAACAGCAUGGCGACGACCUGAUCGUCACACCUUUCGCCCAGGUGCUGGCCAGCCUAAGAAGCGUGAGGAACAACUUCACGCUUCUCACCAAUUUACACGGCACCUCCAACAAGAGAUCUCCAGCCACAAGUCAGCCACCUGUCUCCAGAGUGAACCUGCAAGAGGAGCCCUACCAGAAGCUGGCCAUGGAGACGCUGGAGGAGCUCGACUGGUGCCUGGAUCAGCUGGAGACCAUCCAAACCUACCGCUCCGUCAGCGAGAUGGCAUCCAACAAGUUCAAGAGGAUGCUGAACCGGGAGCUCACCCACCUGUCCGAGAUGAGCCGCUCCGGCAACCAAGUGUCCGAGUACAUCUCCAACACCUUCCUGGACAAGCAGAACGAUGUGGAGAUCCCUUCUCCCACCCAGAAGGACAGGGAGAAGAAGAAAAAGCAGCAGCUCAUGACACAGAUCAGUGGGGUGAAGAAGCUGAUGCACAGCUCGAGCUUAAACAACACCAGCAUCUCACGGUUUGGGGUGAAGACAGAAAAGGAAGAUCACCUGGCCAAGGAGCUGGAAGACCUGAAUAAGUGGGGCCUCAACAUCUUCAACGUGGCCAGGUAUUCCCACAACCGGCCGCUGACCUGCAUCAUGUACGCCAUAUUCCAGGAGAGGGAUCUGCUGAAGACCUUCAAGAUCUCGUCGGACACGUUCGUGACCUACAUGAUGACCCUGGAGGACCACUACCACUCGGACGUGGCCUACCACAACAGCCUGCACGCUGCUGACGUGGCCCAGUCCACCCACGUGCUGCUCUCCACCCCUGCCCUGGAUGCCGUCUUCACGGAUCUGGAAAUCCUCGCUGCCAUUUUCGCGGCUGCAAUCCAUGACGUGGAUCACCCCGGGGUCUCCAAUCAGUUCCUGAUUAACACAAAUUCCGAGCUGGCCCUGAUGUACAACGACGAGUCCGUGCUGGAGAACCACCACCUGGCCGUGGGCUUCAAGCUGCUCCAGGAGGAGCACUGUGACAUCUUCCAGAACCUGACCAAGAAGCAGCGCCAGACCCUCAGGAAGAUGGUGAUCGACAUGGUGUUGGCCACUGAUAUGUCCAAGCACAUGAGUCUGUUGGCUGAUCUGAAGACUAUGGUGGAAACAAAGAAGGUGACCAGUUCAGGAGUUCUCCUUCUGGACAACUACACGGACAGAAUACAGGUUCUCCGGAACAUGGUGCACUGUGCAGACCUGAGCAACCCCACCAAGUCUCUGGAGCUGUACCGCCAGUGGACGGACAGGAUCAUGGAGGAGUUCUUCCAGCAGGGAGACAAGGAGAGGGAGAGAGGCAUGGAGAUCAGCCCCAUGUGUGACAAACACACGGCCUCGGUGGAGAAAUCCCAGGUGGGAUUCAUCGACUACAUCGUCCACCCGCUCUGGGAGACGUGGGCUGACCUGGUGCAGCCCGACGCCCAGGACAUCCUGGACACUCUGGAGGACAACAGGAACUGGUACCAGAGCAUGAUACCUCAGAGCCCAUCCCCUCCCCUGGAGGAGCGGGGCCAGGACUGCCAGGGCCUCAUGGAGAAGUUCCAGUUUGAACUGACGCUGGAGGAGGAGGAUUCGGACGGGCCCGAGAAGGACGGCGAGAACCUCGGCUACUUCAGCAAUACAGAGACGCUCUGCGUGGCCCAGCCCGGGGAGGAGGAGCCCCAGAGGGAGGCCACCAUCGAGAUUGUGACAGAAGACACAUCUCCUGUGGACACAUAAUGGCCUGGCCCCGCGGGAGUGGCUUUGAAACACUUGCGGAGCUUGCGAGCAGCCUCCGACAGCCUCUGCAGCCGGGGCUGAGCCUCUGCCACGGGGCUGGCAGAUCCUCCAGCUGCUUGAGAUUGGAGUCAGGGUUACAGAUGGGGUAGGGAAUGUUGCUCAGGAAAUGCACGGGUGAUUUGCCUUGUGGUUUGAGCCUGGUCAGCCGAGAGCACCGCGUUGUCCCAGAGCUGGCUUGGGUCGGGCCGAGGCGGCGCUGACACACAACUGAGAGAUUUUAUACUGUUAGUUUUGGAGUUUAUACCAGUUAGACUGAUAGAAACUACUGAUCAAUAACUCAUAUCCAACCUGUCCACCUGUCUGCAGACCUGUGUGCCUUCUUUGUAAACACUUUCAUGUCUUUUCAAGAGUCUCUUAAUUCAACACACGGAGCUUGGUAGUUCAAAAGCGACACAAGGUGUUCCGGAAGCGACGGCUACUUUUUGGAUUCUUCCUGUUACCAGAAGCAGUCUUCCUUUUUUUUCGUGGGCAAUACCUGUCAUUUUAUUGCAGUCAAUCACUUUGACAGACUGAACAGAAGGGGAAACCCUCUGCUUUGCAUUACUGCACCUUCAGUGUGUUCUUAAUCCCCCCGGUGACCCGCUGGGAGUCGCGCGGUGCCAUCGUGCACCGUUCCCUCGCUGGGAACAGCGGGAAUUCUUUUCCUCCCGGGGUUUGGGUUUGUGGGGAGCAGGACAGAGGGCAGGUUUUUUUUUUUUUCCCCUGGCACAGCUCAGUCCAUCCCUGAGUAAGCGUGGCAAGGCAGUGUGUGACACGCCUUCCCCCUCGGCAGCUCCCUGGAAUUUGCACGCUCGGAUAUUUGUGUUCCUCUGGCCUCUCGUCCACGUUCCCUAGGUUUAGGUCCACCAUCCUCCUCCUCCUCCUGCACUGCCUCGAGCUCUACCACCUCCAUUACUGUUUAUAACAGUGUAUUUAUUACCUACUGUACAUACUGUAAUGUUUUGUAAGUUAUUAAUUUAUAUGAAUUAGCAUCGCCUGUCGGCGGCGAUGUUAAUGGGGUAGAAAACUCGGAAUAAGAGUUGCCUUUUUUUCUUGUAACCUUUUGUAUUGCAUAAAGUCCAAGAACCUGAACAUAGCUGAAGAGACAGACACAACCCAGGAAGGGCAUUCGGGUGGCAGCCGCCCGUGAGGAGGGGACACCACAUCCCAGGGCAGCGAAUUUGGGAAUUUGCCAGGAACACGGAGAGAGGGAACCGAACAAAGAGCUCCCCACGCCCGGGCUGGCUGUUCAAUGUCACCAUGUUCCAACUUCUGAACAACCCAAUGUGAAUCUCUAUGACAAAAAAAGAAAAAAAAUAAUGUGAACUGAUGUAAUAAUUGUGCUGUGAAACUUCCUCUGACAAAGCUUGUCCGGCAUCGUGAGCGGUGUCAAUCUCAGUUUGUAAAAUAUGUUUCAAGCUUUUUGGUCCAACUCGUGACUAAUUAGUUCAUGACAAUAGCACAGUUGUGCAUGAUCAAUGGGUUUGUUUGUCUGUUGAACACUGCAUUGUUCCAGGUGGUUAUUUUAUUGUUCCCCAAAGUUUCACACUAUGUAUGUUAUAGUAUUCUAUAUUGUGUUCAGACGCAUUCUUAAGAGAUUUUUAUAUGAAGUGAAUAAAUGAAAGCAUGGCCCAG